UUUUUUUUUCCAGUUUGAACUUUGAAGGAUCAGAGUGAGAGAAAUUGAAGAAAAAAGCUGGCGAUCUGAAUCUUGUGUGUUUUUAUAUGAGCUUAUUAUUAUGGAGCUAAGUGGUGAACGCUCUUCUUCUACUCCUAAUCCUCAAAGCCAAAGAGGCUUCCGAGUCCAAGCUCCAUUGGUUGAUUCUGUGUCAUGUUACUGCAAAGUAGAUGCUGGGUUAAAGACAGUUGCAGGGGCAAGAAAGUUUGUCCCUGGAUCAAAACUUUGCAUCCAGCCUGACAUCAAUCCCAACGCACACAAGGGCAAAAACUCGCGUCGAGAAAGGACCCGCAUCCAGCCACCCCUCCUGCCGGGCCUACCGGACGACCUGGCAAUUGCCUGCCUUAUUAGAGUUCCUCGUGUUGAACAUAGAAAACUCCGUCUUGUUUGCAAGAGAUGGUACCGUCUCCUGGCUGGAAAUUUCUUUUAUUCUCUUAGGAAAAGUCUUGGAAUGGCUGAAGAGUGGGUUUAUGUCAUCAAGCGAGACCGUGAUGGGAGGAUCUCGUGGCAUGCAUAUGAUCCGACUUAUCAUAUUUGGCAGCCGCUUCCGCCGGUCCCUGCAGAGUAUUCCGAAGCACUAGGUUUUGGCUGUGCUGUCCUUAGUGGUUGCCACUUAUACUUAUUUGGAGGAAAAGAUCCACUGAGGGGAUCCAUGAGACGGGUUAUUUUCUAUAGCGCUCGCACAAACAAAUGGCAUAGGGCACCGGACAUGCUUCGGAAACGCCAUUUCUUUGGUUCUUGUGUCAUCAACAACUGUCUAUAUGUGGCUGGUGGGGAGUGUGAAGGAAUCCAACGGACACUUCGUUCUGCCGAAGUUUAUGACCCCAACAGAAACCGGUGGAGCUUUAUUUCUGAUAUGAGCACAGCUAUGGUACCCUUCAUCGGGGUUGUCCAUAAUGGAAUGUGGUUUCUCAAGGGUCUCGGUUCUCAUCGCGAGGUAAUGAGUGAAUCUUACUCUCCUGAAACCAACACCUGGACCCCAAUUAGUGAUGGGAUGGUUGCUGGUUGGCGCAACCCGUGUAUCUCUAUGAACGGCCAACUAUAUGCCUUGGACUGCCGGGAUGGGUGCAAGCUUAGGGUUUAUGAUAGAUCCACAGACUCGUGGAACAAAUUUAUAGAUAGCAAACUCCAUCUAGGCAGCUCGCGGGCAUUAGAGGCUGCUGCACUAGUUCCCCUCAAUGGGAAGCUCUGCAUCAUCCGUAAUAACAUGAGUAUUAGUUUAGUUGAUGUUUCUAGCCCGGAUAUUCCUGUCGAAAGUAACCCUCAGAUGUGGGAAAAUAUUGCCGGGAGGGGCCAUUUUAGGACUCUGGUCACUAAUUUGUGGUUGAGUAUAGCGGGCCGAAGUGGUUUGAAGAGUCACAUUCUGCACUGUCAAGUGCUGCAAGCAUGAGGGCCGGGGUGGGAUUUGCUCUUGCUUAUAUGCUUGCAAAAGGCAAGACUGAAAAUGAGAAUGACCGAUAGCAUCUGUUUCGGCGGUGUUCAGAUGAUCAGGGCAAGGCAUGUAACUCUUAGACAUCUCCGAUCUCAUUUCUCGUAAGAGAUUUCCUGUUGUAACUGUUGAUGCUUUCAUUCAUUUACGAGCGAGGAUGAUUUUGUCAUUGGUUUUGGCAACAGAACAGGAGGUGGAUCUGCGUUUCAGCAACGAAACCAUGAGGUCAUUUCUUUACAUUUAUGAAAAAAGAAAAACGAGUGGAUACUUGUAAAUCUUGUUACCGGGGAAUGGAUUAGGGCGGUUGGUCUGCCGUUCAUUGUCGGAUGAUUUGGUGUUGUUAGUCUGUAAUCCUUAGAUUAGAGAUGCUUUGUGA